AUGCUGGUCAUGGGCGUCUUCUUCCUCAUCGUUUCAUGGAUCUCGUUUGCACUCCGAGUCUAUGUCCGAGCGUUCCUCAUACGCUCCUUCGGGAAGGACGAUUGGAUGAUGCUGAUUACUGUUUGCUUGUUCACAAUAUGUUGCAGUCUGCUGAUAGCCAUCGAACAUGUCGAACAAACCAGCAGACCGCAAAGAGUACUGGAAGAAGGUAUACACGCUCAACUGGAUCUACUUAAUGAUCUUAUGAAGUAUAUCAUCUCCCUAAUGGGCUUGUACAUCCUCACCACUGUCACAUUGAAAAUUAGUCUGGCCAUCUUCUUCCUCAGAAUUGUUGUCCGACCUUGGCAACGAAAGGUCAUCUACGCUGUCACAGUGAUCUACGCAAUCUAUGCUACAGCUUUCGCCUUCGUCGCCGUCUUUCAGUGCGGUAUACCGACCAAUUUCUUGAUCAAGGAAGCCACCGGGGUCUGUAUUAGAGACGACAUACUUCAACCCCUCAACUACCUCCACUCGCUCCUAAACGCCAUCAGCGAUUGGACAUUCGCAUGUCUUCCAGUGUUCGUGCUCUGGAAUGCCAAAAUACCACGCUCCGCCAAGAUAUCAUCCGGUCUCCUGCUCAGCCUUGGAGCAAUCGGCAGCAUCAUCUCUCUCGUCCGCAUCGCAUACAUCCCAGGUUUGAAGAGCGGCCCUGCUUUCUUCACAAGCGCGAUCAAUAUCGGUGUUUUGUCCUUGACAGAACCUGGGCUGGGUAUGGUUGCAGCAUGUCUGGCAACACUCCGACCACUGUUCAAG